AUGGCACUCCCAGUAGAGAUUCUUAAUGAAUCCCAAGGAAUUCGCUUGUUUAACAAAUGGAGCUAUGAUGAUGUUGAAGUCAAGGAUAUAUCAUUGCAUGAUUACAUCCAGAUACGUAACGCCGUGUACUUGCCUCACACUGCGGGGCGCUUUUCCACAAAACGAUUUAGGAAAUCUCAGUGUCCUAUUGUUGAGCGUUUAACAAAUUCUCUCAUGAUGCAUGGCCGUAAUAACGGCAAAAAAUUAAUGGCCGUUAGAAUCGUGAAACAUGCAUUUGAAAUCAUUCAUCUUUUAACUGAUCAAAAUCCUAUUCAAGUAUUGGUUGAUGCUAUCAUUAACACUGGUCCGCGUGAAGAUUCAACCCGUAUUGGUAGCGCAGGGACUGUUCGAAGGCAAGCGGUUGAUGUAUCUCCUCUACGAAGGGUGAAUCAAGCUAUUGCUCUCUUGACAAUUGGAGUAUGA